AUGGUUUUUGGAUCGUUUUUGGAUUGUGAUAAUUUGAAAAACGUGGAGGAGAUGGGGAAAGAGGUUGUUGAAGAUGUGGAAGAGGGUGAGAUUUCUGAUACGGCUUCGGUUGAGGAGAUUAGUGAAGAGGAUUUUAAGAAACCGGAUGGUGUAAAAGUGAAUGUUAGUAAUAGUGAUACGGCGGCUACUGGUGCUGGUGGUAAUUCUAGGGUUUGGGCUGUUCAGAAUUUGUAUUCGAAGUAUCCGACUAUAUCGCGUGGUUAUGCUGCUGGAUUGUAUAAUCUUGCUUGGGCGCAGGCGGUUCAGAAUAAGCCGUUGAAUGAUAUUUUUGUUAUGGAACUUGAUGGUGAUUCCAAAGCUAAUGCUAAUGCGAAUAGUAACAAUAGCAGUGGUAAUAAUAAUGAUGAUGAUUUGAAUAUGGCGUUGAAGGAGGUUGUGGUGGUGGAUGAUGAUGAUAAAGAGGAAGGGGAGUUGGAGGAGGGUGAGAUUGAUGGUGAUGAUGAUACGGAUUGUGUUAUGUUGGGUGGUGAUGGUUCCGAGACUGUUUUUGAUUCGGAGGUAAUUGAUGUUAGGGAUGUUUUGGAGAGUAUUACUGUUGCUAACGUGGCAAAAUCGUUUGUUGAAACUUGUACUAGGCUUCAGAGUGCCUUGCAUAGUAAAAUGUUUGCGGGUUCUGAAAAAGAUGUUCUUGUUCCUUUGUUAUUCAAUGCAGUUAAAGUGAUUUUUUCUGUGUUUUGCUCAAUGGAAUAUUUGCAAAAGGAAGAGAAUAAGGAUAACUUAUUAAGAUUGCUUUCUUCUCUGAAGAAUGAGCAUGCUCAUUUAUUUACUCCGGAGCAUAAUAAAGAGAUUCAGGUCAUGAUUACUUCAAUUGUUUCUGUUGAUGCUUUGGGCAAUAGCGAGGUUAUUGGCAAGGAGGGAAAAUUGGAGGCCUUUGAUAAGACUCGGCAACUUCUAGGUUUAGAAGCCAGUGGAUUGAUUUCUUCUAGUAUGCUUGUCCAUGAUAACUCAGCCUAUGCACCUGAAACCUUGUUAUAUGGACAAAAUAAUAUUAAAAGCCCUAUGCUCCCACUGUUUGACUUACACAAGGAUCAUGAUUUAGAUAGUUUACCGUCUCCCACGCGAGAAGCUCCGUCCUGCUUUCCGGUGAAUAAAUUGUUUUCGGUUGGAGAUGGAAUGGAUAGAUUUGGGAUUCCUCUUGCCUCUAAGACAAAGGCUCCUCUUGCCUCUAAGACAGAGGCUCAAAGGAUGGAGCUGAAUGGUAAGGAUUCCAAGUUUCACAUCUAUGAAAAUGAUGCUCUGAAAGCUUUUUCAACAUAUCAACAAAAGUUUAGUCAGAGUUCCUAUUUUACGGAUGAUAAGUUUCCAAGUCCAACUCCUUCAGGUGACUGUGAGGAAGGGGUUGUUGAUACCAAUGGUGAGGUUUCUAGUGCUUCUAUAGCUGCUUCGCUAACAAGCUCUACGUCACCCCCCUUGGAUCAGAUGCCUGUUUCUUCUACUUCCAUCAAUCGGUCUUCAGCAAAGAGUAGAGAUCCUAGGCUCCGUUUCAUUAAUUCUGAUACUUCAGAUGUUAACCAACCUUUAGGGACAAAUAAUAUGCCUAAAGUGGAAUAUGCUGGAAGUAUAAUCUCAAGAAAGCAAAAGGCUGUUGAAGAACCUUCUUUGGAUGCUAGCCCUCCCAAAAGACUUAGAAGGUCUUUGGAAAAUUCCGAGCUCAAUACCAGAGAGGAAAGAACUGUGGAUGGAAAAGGUGGUUGGUUGGACGAAAAUACAGUGAUUGGAUCUCAGUUGAUAGAACGGAACCAUUUAAUUCAAAAAGGAGAAACUGAACUCAAAAGGACUAUGAGCACUAGUUCUAGUAAUUUGAUCAUGACUAGUAGCGGAAAUGAGCAGACACCUAUUACAAGCGGCAGCACCGCAGCUUCCCUACCCGCGUUAUUGAAAAAUAUAGCUGUAAAUCCAACCAUGUUAUUGAAUAUACUUUUAGAGCAACAGCAGAGAUUAGCAGCAGAAGCCCAAACGAAGCCUGUUGAUUGUGCUACAAGUACGCUGCAUUUAAUAAACUCAAAUUCAACAGGGGGAGCAGACGCAACUGUGAAUACAGGUCCAGCAAUGACUGCUGGUCUUCCUCAAAAUUCUGUUGGAAUGCUUCCAACUUCAUCACCAGCAACUUCCACGGCACCAAUCCUACAAGUCGAUUCUAGAAAGGUUCGCAUGAAACCCCGCGAUCCACGUCGCAUUCUCCAUGGAAGUAGUACUCUGCAGAAGGGUGGGAGUUUGGGGAGUGAACAAUCCAAAACAAUUGUAUCCCCUAUGCCAAAUAACCAGGGAACUGGGGAAAAUGUCAAUGCCCAAAAGCUUAAUGUUAGGGUUGAAACAAAUUUGGCAUCUCCGUCAAUCGCACAACCUGAUAUUACUCGGCAGUUUACCAAGAAUCUGAAAAACAUUGCUGAUAUUAUGUCUGUUCCCCAAGAACCAUCAACUCACCCUCCUGCUGCUCAGAAUGUUUCUUCUGCAUCUGUCCCCUUUACAUCAGAUAGAGUUGAGCAGAAAUCUGAUCUACCUCACCCUCAGAACCUGAAAGAUGGCGUAGAAUCAGCUCCUGAAACAUGCACAUCAGGUUCCUCUCAACCCCAGAAUACAUGGGCUGAUGUUGAGCAUCUUUUUGAAGGUUAUGAUGAGAAGCAGAAAGCUGCUAUACAAAGAGAGAGAGCCAGGAGGCUUGAAGAACAGAAUAAAAUGUUUGCUGCUAGAAAGCUGUGCCUUGUAUUGGACCUAGACCAUACACUUCUUAAUUCUGCUAAGUUUAUGGAAGUUGAUCCUGUGCAUGAUGAGAUAUUGAGAAAGAAAGAAGAACAAGACCGCGAGAAGCCUCACAGGCAUCUUUUUCGUUUUCCUCAUAUGGGAAUGUGGACUAAACUCAGGCCAGGAGUCUGGAACUUCCUGGAGAAGGCUAGUAAGCUCUUUGAGAUGCAUCUUUACACUAUGGGAAACAAGCUAUAUGCAACAGAAAUGGCAAAGGUCCUUGAUCCAAAGGGUGUAUUGUUUGCUGGUAGAGUUAUCUCUAGAGGUGAUGAUACUGAAACAGUUGACGGUGACGAGAGAGCGCCUAAAAGCAAAGAUUUGGAAGGCGUUUUGGGUAUGGAAUCAUCUGUUGUAAUUAUAGAUGAUUCUGUGAGAGUCUGGCCUCAUAACAAACUGAACCUUAUAGUGGUGGAAAGGUACACAUACUUCCCUUGUAGCAGACGUCAAUUUGGGCUUCCUGGCCCUUCUCUUCUUGAGAUUGACCACGAUGAGAGACCUGAUACUGGAUCUUUGGCAUCCUCUUUGGGGGUUAUUGAGAGAAUACACCAAAACUUUUUUGCUUCUCAAUCCUUAGAAGAAGUGGAUGUCAGAAAUAUCCUAGCUUCAGAGCAGAGGAAAAUCUUGGAUGGUUGUCGUAUAGUAUUUAGUAGGGUGUUUCCUGUUGGCGAAGCCAAUCCCCACCAUCACCCGCUGUGGCAGACAGCUGAACAAUUUGGUGCUUCUUGCACAAACCAAAUUGAUGAUCAGGUUACUCAUGUAGUUGCUAAUUCCCUUGGGACUGAUAAGGUGAAUUGGGCUAUUUGCAAUGGGAAAUUUGUAGUCCAUCCUAGCUGGGUUGAAGCAUCAGCAUUGCUUUAUAGGAGGGCGAAUGAGCAAGAGUUUCUCAUUAAACCAGAAAAAUAA